CCUUCCUUCCCACCGCUCCGCGCCCCGCCACGCACCAGCGCCGGGGCUGCGCUGUGCGGCCGCGCCACCAUGAAGGCCAUCGUCCAGCGGGUGGCACAGGCCAGUGUGACAGUGGGUGGUGAACAAAUAAGUUCAAUAGGACGAGGCCUCUGUGUGCUGCUGGGCAUUUCUUUAGAAGAUACGCAAAGAGAGCUGGAGCACAUGGUUCGAAAGAUCUUGAACUUGAGAGUAUUUGAAGAUGAAAGUGGGAAGCACUGGUCCAAGAGCGUGAUGGAUAAACAGUAUGAAGUGUUGUGUGUGAGCCAAUUUACUCUCCAGUGCAUCCUGAAAGGAAACAAGCCAGACUACCACAUGGCAAUGCCCACAGAGCAGGCAGAGUGUUUUUAUAACAACUUCCUAGAGCAGCUAAGAAAAGCCUACAAACCAGAGCUUAUUAAAGAUGGCAAGUUUGGUGCCUACAUGCAGGUCCACAUCCAGAAUGAUGGUCCUGUAACAAUAGAACUGGAGUCUCCGGCUGCCACUGUCGACCCUAAACAGUUUCUCAUACAAAAGCUGCACUGGAUUUUUGAAGAGACCAGACAUUCAACUCAGCACCAGUCUUCAGUGACUUUGGAAAAGAAUGGAAAACAGAACUGAGAUUUUAGAAACCUGUACCAUUCUGUAUUGAAACAACCAAAGCGAUGUUAUCAGAUUCAGCUGUUGAUGUGUAGUAUCAAUAGUAAAAAGGACUAGUAACAUUUUUGUGUAUGUGUUUUCACAUGACUGCUGAAUAAGGGGUCACUGUAGGCAUAUUGUAGCAGAACAUUCACUAUCAGUACAUAAGCUCCAUUUAAAAAAUAAAUCAGGGUUUUUCCUUAGACUUGAAUUCUGAAAAUUAUCCAUGCAGGCUUGCAUUUUGAUUCUCACUCUUAUGGUGUCAUUUGCCACCUGUUUCCAUGGCAGCAUGUAGAUCUGUGCUGUGUAUGUUUUGGUAUAUUGUUCAGCUGUAACACCAGGUUAGGCAGUCCAGUAUUUCUGCAUGGAUUAAGUUAUUAAAAGGAAAGAUCAGCUGCUAGUUGUUUAUCACGUGGAAUACAUCUGUCUUGUAAACUUUUUUAAGAACAGAAAAGACUUUAUUAAACAAAUUAUACUAGC